AGUCAACCAACUUCACAACCACAGCUAGAAAAAUAGACAGCAAGUCAAGAGCAUCACGAACAUCGCGUGUUCUCGAAUGCUUUGUUCGUUUUUAUCAGAACAUCUUCUGUUUUAAUUACCUGAUUUCUCCCACGAUUGAUUAUCUGGUUGUUUUGAUUCUAACUCCGUCUUUUCAUGAGAAAUCGGUAAUUCAACGAGGAAAAAGUUUUUAGAGAGAUUGUUUUGUCUCUCACCUUGGUAAUUCGUUUUUGUGAAUGACUCACUACUAGCUUGCUCUUUCUGUUUUGUUUUUAUUAAUUCAGUGCCCGGAGGCAUUUAGAACGUAUAACGCAGGUGCGCCUCUGACUUUGGAAGAUGGUUUACAUUUGUUUGCUUUCAGUGUUUAGAUCACCAUCAAAAUGAAUCGUAAAGAUUUUUUCCACUGCGCAGUGUUUUAGGAUCGAACCCCACAACUGUAUAAUGUUCAGAAAGCUCUGUGAUGCCCGUGGCCAUCGAAACGGUCAUCAUAAUCAUAGUAGUGGUCAGUUUUGCCGUUUUGUCAGCUGUCAUCUUUGCUCUAUAUUGGUUAUGGCGUUUGUUGCAAGAAGAUCGUCGAUGCAACAGGCUUAAUGGCUCUUCAUAUCACCCAGAAUGGCGGUAUCCAUCCUCCAUAAGUCAAAUGGAGGAUGGAACUCAGAGAGCCCUUCUCGGGUCUCGCAGGACGCGAAAUCCUCGAAUAAAUCGAAGACAGGAAGUUUGCGUUGACGAAAGAAGUCGCAGAAGGGGGAAAGCGACACGAUGUACCGAAUGUCAACCUGCACGAACCACAACAUCAGGAAUGCAGACGAUGCCAGUAACAAGCGUUCCCUCCGUCCACUCAUCAGUACAUGCAACGAUCCAUCAUUCAUCAGUACCAGUCAUUCCUGCCAUCCAUUUAUCAGUACCAACAACAACUGCCAUCCCCACUAUUCACUCAUCUGUAACAACAAGCAUCCCUCAUGCCCCAGAAGUUAUUGUUUUAGAUGGAACAGAACCGCCUCCACCUUAUGAAGCAAUAGCAAGAUAGAUUCGCCUCAAGAACCUUGUGUUUUCUUAAUGAGUUAUAUAAUUAGCAGAAAUCAUCUUUCAAACUCUUGAGUCUUUUCUGUGAAAAGAAAACUUUAAACAAAAGGAGGUAAGGAAAAAAGGAAUGCUGAAUCCACAUUCGCUCUAACCAGAAAGAAAAGAAUUGAAGCUCGGGAUCUUACUCAAUUGUAGUCAUGGUAGUACAGAAAAGGUUUUAUUCGAUCAAAUCUCUGUUGAUUCCAGUAUCAUAAAUUAGUAUGUGUUGUAUAAAAUUGUUGCCUCACAGUUUUACUAUUACACCUGUGUUUUAUUAGUUCGAAAAAGUUCCACUUGGCGCUUUCUGAUGCUAUACACUUUCAGAAAAUAACCCUCAAGACACUCUAUAUUUCUCGAAAUUGAGUAUGAUGGUGACUUUUCGUUUUUAAAUAUGCUUUUCAUUUUAAUAAUUGCUCUUUUUUUCUAAUCUCUACCCUUUUACCGAAAAACAGAGAUGUACAGUGUGCAAAAUAAAGAAUGGAAACCUAGAUAGCUUUUGAACUAAUGAUCGUAUUAUCCCCUACUGACGUGCAAUCUUAAUGAUUCGAUUGGUUACAAAAAUUAGAUUUAAAAAACAUACUUUAUACGAACAAACAGGCCUCUUUAUUCAACGGAUUAGGGUUCUCGAUUCUCAAAAUAUGGGAGAAGCAUAGUCGCAAUUUGGAGAAUAUGGUUCCAAUAAUUUGGUAUGAAGAAUCGUUGAAAAUUUAGUCUCCUUAAUAUGAAUUUUAUUUGUUGCGAAUUUUGCCACAUCUGUGCCACAACUAUUCAGGCAAAUCAAAAAACACUUUUUCAUACAAUUAAAAAAUUAAUUUAAUUAAUAAAGCUCUAUGAAGAUAAAGUUAUAAAGAUUAUUUAUUGCUUAAUAUAAAACAAUAUUAAAAUUUUUCACAUCAUGGGAUAUACAAAUGCAUCUUACUAUGUAGAAAUCUGACAAUCAGAUCAUAAGUUUUUUAUUUUAGCAUUACGUAUUUGUCCGAUUUCGUUUCUAAAAUUAUUAUAGUUUGCAUUUCUUAAAUAGCAAAUCGUAGUUCAGCCCAUCAAACUGUGACUGUAGAAUAUAUACAAUCUAUAUAAAAGUUUCAAUUUGAUAGUUGUGACAUUUCGAAUAAGUUUGUCAAUUCUUAAUGUUAUUCUUUGUUUACUUUAAGUACUGAUAAGUUAUUGUAACAGAAAAAAAAAGAAAUAAGUAAGACCCUAACAAAAUAAUUUUGUAAAACUAAAAGAGGGAAAGCUAUACAAUUUCUAAUAAGCUUUGGUAAAUUUACUUUUUCCAUCUCCAGAUUUUAUUUUUGUACAUCAUAAUUGUCCGUAUAGUUUGUACAUCUCUGUAUCAGGCUUAUUCUCUGAUCAGGUGAUCAAAAAUAUCAGUUAUAAAUCAUUCUGAUACAACUUGUCAUUGAAUUUCUUAAUCGCUAGAUCAGAGAAUAGGCACGUUUUUAUACUCUUUUUAAUGUUGAAGAAACAAAGAUAAGACUGAUUUCACUCCUGAGAGAGAAGUUCAAAAUGUUCCUAUACUAGAUAACCAACCCACCUCAUUUGUUGAAAUGAUGUUGAAUUAAUGAUACAUGAAAUAAUGAUUCUAUCUGUUAUGUUCUUGUCAAUUAAAUAAAUGUUGUUUUUAUCUUUUUA